CUUUCCUGCACUCCGGUCUCUUUCCUCCCUCCCUCCCUCGCUUCCUUUCUCUCUAUUUCUCUCACUCCCUUCCUCCGCAUUGCUGGUCUACGUCCCUUCUCAUUUCCCCUUUUCUCUCUCUCUCUCUCUCUCUAUCUCUAUCUCUUCAUACCUCCCCGUUCCCUUCCUAGAUCUUUUCUUCCUCCUUCCCUCAUCCGCAUUUCCUAAUCUGUCUCUCUCUUGUACUCUCUCUAUGUUUCUCCACUCCCCCUCUCUCUCUUGUCACAUUAACAUCCAAGAAGAGGUCGCACAUGUGAAUAACAUCUCGGUUUAACUACCGUUACACAUAAUUUUGUAUACAUAAAAUACAUGUAUAUAUUUACAUAUAUACACACACACGCUAGCAUUUCCAGACAUAAUGUAAAGCAUCGUUUGUUGGUCAUUUCCUGAAAAAUCUUUCCAUGCAGUGGAAUAGAGAGAGACCUCUGCAGGCAACUAAUGAACAAUAAAUAACAAUUCCAGGAAUAUAUUUUUAACCCUCAACUGUCUAGCAAUGAAGACUUUUAAAUCAUAUUCUGGCAUUAAAAUCAAAGUGGACUCAACACAAAGACGAUCAAUAAAGGAGACGACUGUUAAUAUUCCACUAUCAGCAGAUGAGAAGAAUGGCAAAGAACUUGUUAAUGGAUGCCUUUGGCGGAUUAUGCUCCUUUUUGGGGUGUUUAUAUAUGGAUCCUAUACCGUAUUGGUGCAUCUCUGUGAAAAAGAUGGCAAAAUUCCUUUUAGUUCUUCAUCAAUGGUUCUGAUCACAGAAAUAAUGAAGAUUGUGAUCUCUGUAACCUUAUUUUCCAUCGACAGCUGGAAAACUGGCUUCCAGGUUCCGUCUUUUUGGUUUUGUAUUCCAUUCGCAGUUCCAGCCAUUUUGUAUUUCAUAAAUAACAACAUAGCUGUACAUAUGCAACUACAAAUGGACCCCACAACUUACCAGGUCUUGAGUAAUUUAAAAAUAGCCACUACAGCUUUAUUAUACCGGUUAAUUAUCAAACGGCCUAUAACAUCAAUACAGUGGAUAUCUCUUGGUUUAUUAACUGUUGCUGGUGUUUUUGACAGGUUGGUAACAAUGUUCUUUAUAGGGCUUUCCUAUAAGGUGUUAUUCACCCCUCCCCUUAACAAGUUGAUGUUAGUUCCAAAGCCACACAGUGAUGACGACGACGAAGAUGACUCAAUGACAACCAUCAUUAUCAUCAUCAAACACCUACUUCCCCAUGCUAGUAUGUGUCAGACGGAAUUUGACGAGGCAGAUUUCCUGUGGCUGGAUGUUCUUCCUGUUGCCAACCCUCGUUUGUGUCCAAGCAGGUUAAUAUUUCUCAUGUGUCUUUCAUGUUUAUUCAUGAUUGUCCUCUACUGCUUCAUUUCUGGACUCUCCGGGGUUUACACAGAGUAUAUUCUGAAACAAAAUUCUCAGAGUUCCCUUCAUUUGCAAAAUAUUUUAUUAUAUUCCUUUGGUAUUGUACUCAAUUUCGGGAUGUGGACAAUCCAAGCCAGCAAUCAUUAUGAAGAAAAAGAUAGUUUUUCCCUUUUCAAAGGAUAUUCUAUAUACACAUGGAUCAUUAUCAUUACUCAAGCUGUCAAUGGUCUCAUCAUGUCCGCCGUCAUGAAACACGCCAGCAACAUCACUCGUCUAUUUAUCAUCUCCUGUGCUAUGCUCAUCACCACUGUACUUUCCAUCCUCAUCUUCAAUCUCCAGCUGAACAUUUACUUUGGUUGUGCCUUCAUUUGUGUUAUUAUAGCCUUGGCCCUUUACCACACCUAAUGGCCUGGUGGGGUGGAGGGGCUGUCCCCUGGUCACAGUGGUGGCAGUGGUGGUGGUGGUGGUGGUAGUGGCGGCAGCGGCAGCAGUGGAGUUGGGGAUUGAGUGAAAUUAGUCAUUUGGCCAUUGUUACAUGCAGUGUGUGAGAGGGGUGUUGCCGUGGGAGAGAGAGAAAAAAGAGAGUCGGAGGGAAACGAAAGCCUCACCAUACCCUAAUUUCCUCUAAAGGAAAAUCUAUGUAUUCCCUGUUACUUUGAGACAGGAGCUGUUUUCUGUUCGUCCCCUUUUUAGUCUGUCCUUUGCUGUUGCUAUUUCUAAAAUGUCCUUCCUGCCCUCCUGCUGUACCUUUCAGCUUCAUGAUUAUGUGUUGUGAAAAUAUUACAGAUGUGUAUGGUAGUCCGCUUCUAAUUGUCUUCCUCUCUAACUCCUCCUCCCUGUUCUUCCUGGUUGAUACAUAGCUAGAUAGACACACACAUACAUAUAUGUGUAGCAUAUAAACACACUUGCACACGCACACGGUAUUUACUAGUAUAUUCAUACAUCAAUACAUAUAUUGUAACUCAGUGAGCUAGCACAAAUUUCCUUUAUGUUUUACAUCAAAGAAUCUACUUUACAGUCAAUAAACUUUUAUAUUUAGCCGUAAAUAAUUCAUAAUUACCGAAUAUUUAUUGCGGACUCAUAGCAAAGCAGAGCACGCAUGUGUCUCUUUAUGAUACAUAUAUAUACAACACACGCACACACACACACAUACUUAAAUGACAUGUAUGUAUGUUUGUUUGUUUGUUUGUUGGACUUCUUCAUGGAUUUGAUCCAACUAUUUCCCUGCUCCUUGAGUUGCUCCAAAGCGAUGGCAUGAAGCUUUUGCCCCAGAUCACAUGCAGCGGGAGAUUGAACCCCGGCACCGUGGUUUUCGCAAAAGCAAACUUCUAAACGUCACAGUCACUCCUGUAAUUUUGCAAUUUUUCUGUGGUUGUUGGAUUGGAGAGGAGGUAAAAUGCAUCCGAAAUUAUUUAUAUUUCUAUUUUGUGUUCCUAACCGGAGCAGAAAGCUGACGAGUGAUGCAUGUCUUUUUGUUUUGAAAAAGGGACAAUAGCGACAAUAAUGAAAAGAAAGGCCAUCAAAUUGCCAUGUAAGGUUAAAGAGAGUUUGUGUGUGUAUGUCUGUGUAUAUUGUAUGUGUUGAUGAAGCAGACAGCAUUGAGUAAUUUCUAUUUUUCAACAUGUGACAUACUCAUGGUAUAUUUUAUUUUGCUUGUACACCUAUGUGUGUAUAUAUCUCACAUGUACUAUACAAAUAUUUAUAUACACUCUCACGUGUGUGUGUGUAUGUAUGUAUUCUUUCUCUUCCCCCCCCUACCCCUCUUCCCUCUCUCUCACUC